AUAUCCUUGCCUUAUUUAUUUAUAUCCCAAGCAUCUAGGAUGGCGUUAAGUGUUCCAAAAAAUAUGGGUAAUCUUAAGUGGGUGUUCUUUCUUCUAUUUCAGAUUCUCAUAUUUUCUGUAAAUUGUCAAUUGGGUAGUUGUAGUAAUCCAAAUUCAGCUUCAGAUACACUUGCCCAACAAAAAUUAGAUAGAAUUAAUUAUCUUCCAGGCCAGAAUUUUGAUGUUGGGUUUGAACAAUAUUCUGGGUAUGUAACUGUCAAUGAAGAAUCUGGAAGAGCACUCUUUUACUGGUUUAUUGAGGCAGUUGAAGAUCCUUCUUCUAAGCCUCUUCUUCUAUGGCUCAAUGGAGGGCCUGGAUGUUCAUCCAUUGCAUUUGGGGAAGCAGAAGAACUUGGACCAUUCCAUAUUCAAAAGGAUGGGAAAACUCUUUAUUUGAAUCCCUUCUCCUGGAAUAAUGUUGCCAAUAUCUUGUUUUUGGAUGCUCCAGUUGGAGUUGGGUUUUCAUAUUCAAAUACUAGUUCUGAUUUGCUAACUAAUGGAGAUAAAAGGACAGCUCAGGACUCCUUGAAGUUUUUGCUAGGGUGGUUUGAGCGGUUCCCACAUUAUAAGGGGAGGGAAUUUUACAUUUCCGGAGAGAGCUAUGGAGGGCAUUAUGUGCCCCAACUCAGCCAAGCAAUCGUAAGGUAUAACAACGCAACUAAUGACAAAACAAUCAAUCUGAAGGGUUAUAUGGUUGGAAAUGCCCUUACUGAUGAUUAUUAUGACCACCUCGGGGUCUUCCAAUUUAUGUGGUCGUCUGGUUUGAUUUCUGAUGAAACUUACAAGCUGCUUAAUGAAUUAUGCGACUUGGAAUCAUUUGUACAUGCAUCAGAAUCGUGUGAAAAAAUACUAGGCAUUGCUAAUGAUGAGCUCGGAGACAUUGAUCCUUAUAGCAUUUAUACCCCCUCGUGUACUGCAAACUCUUCUUUACCGCAUAAGCUAUUGAAAAGAUUGAUGAUUGGUCACCUCAAUGAAGCAUAUGAUCCAUGUACGGAAAGGCAUUCGAUUGUAUACUUCAAUCAAGGUGAAGUUCAGCAAGCACUACAUGUUAAUCCACAGUUUGCUCCUGCUACAUGGGAAACUUGCAGUCUAACAGUAAAUAGCAACUGGCAGGAUUCAGCUAGUUCAGUUCACGACAUAUAUCACGAGCUUAUAGAUGCUGGAAUUCGAGUUUGGAUGUUCAGCGGUGACACUGAUGCAGUAAUCCCUGUUACAUCAACAAGAUACAAUUUAAACGCUCUCAAACUUCCAACUGUUAAGCCUUGGCGUCCUUGGUACGAGGAUGGACAGGUUGGGGGAUGGACACAAGAAUACAAAGGCCUCACCUUUGUUGUGGUUAGAGGAGCGGGUCAUGAAGUUCCACUACAUCGAUCUAAGCUGUCUCUUACGCUUGCCAAGUCCUUCCUAGCCGGAGAGUCUAUGCCAACACUCGAGCAAGUCAGUGAUUCGUAACACAAUCGCAUUCGUUUAAGCAUUUGUUGAAGGGUCCAUCUGUUCAAGAGAGGAGAAUAGUACCUAUUCCUUUAUUGGAAUGCCCCUCUUAUGUUUUAUGCUCUUCAGAACUACAAGGAAUAAUACAAUAAGUAACUCUUGCAGCUGCAAAUCUUUUGGUGUUACUUUAUAUUGGUUGAAGCUUUAAUUCUAGAUGAUAUUAGGUAUAGUGCCAAAUUAUUUCACGUUGCAAAUUAAGAAUAUGUGGCUUUGAGUUUGUAACAUAACUCAAAAAACUCGCAAAUUUAAAUUUUGUGGCGUAAACUCAAAGACACGAAAGGAGUAAUUGUCAAGUUGCUAACAUGAAAACCCAUCA